AUGAGCAACCUAGAGACACCUCACUGCCUUAACACUAAGGAAAUUAAGUACAACAAGCCUAUGAAGGCCAAUUCCGUGACAUUUGCCACCCCUAUUGACCUCCUUAUGAAGGCCAUCCAAAAGAAACCCAAUUCCGAGGACAUCCUCAAAGGUGCCCUAGGGAUCAAGCAGGUUGUUAAGUCGGAGUUCUCGUUAGAGUCUACAGAUGCCCCUAAGCCUAAGCGAUACAUUUGCGACCAAGCCUAUACCGGCAAGAAGCCUUUUCAAGGAAAUCUCAAGAACCAUCAAAACAAAUACCACAAGAAGACUCUCAUGGAGAUAACAGACUGGAUCGUGUCUAUCUCUGAUGCUGACGCCCUGUCUGACGAUCAGAGAGAGAUGUAUCGUUACUUCGCCAGCCUGUACAAGAACAGCAACAAGGGCAUCAAGGGCCGCGGCAAGGACCGCAGGGUCAGCAAGCGUGGGGCGAAGUCCAAGGCGGUGCCUCCGAUCUUGAAGGACGUCUGCAGGCUUGACAGUCUGGCAGUGUACAGCUCGAGACAACUCCAUCCCCCAGGGCAGUACACGCAACAGCAGCAGCAACACCACCGACAUGGACCAGUCCUCAAGCGCAAGCAGCCUUACAUACCACGGCUUGACUGA